AUGAGCGCAAAGGUACGGGAUCCGACUCGUAGACUCAGCAACGAGGCAAUUGAUACCAUCAUCAACCUUCUCACCGGCUCUCUGAUUAUCGGCGAAUUCAACGAGGUCCAUACUCAUCUGACAGGACUCAAGCGCAUGGUCGACAUGCGAGGCGGGAUAGCAGAUGACAGCAUCCGUUCUUCCUCGAUGUUGUCUGCAAUCAUCACUACCGAUGUCAAGGCUGCCUCGGGUCUGAUGACAAAACCCGUCUUUGAUUUAACUUGGGAUGCCCAGCCUAUUCCAUCGGAAAUUCAGCUACGAGUAAGACCACCGGUGUCUUCGCCUCUCAACAGACUAAGUUCGGGAUUCUUCACGAAUGCAUACCUCAGCCCUUCAUUACUACGUAUAUUGAGUGUACUUCGGGACAUGGUAUACUUCAGCAUCGCUCAUCAAACGAAUCCAGGGAAAAUCCAAGCUAGUGAUCAAGACUUCUUCCGUGUUUUAAAUUGCGAAGCAGAGCAUCAACUUCUUAGCUAUAUUUACGCAGACGGCAACCCCAACCCCGAAUCUAAUCUCCACCCUGUUGAAGCAGUUAUCAGAGUUGCUUCUAUCUGCUUCCUGAACCAUUUCCUCAUUGUCUCACCUUCGUCGUCUGGAUUGGGCCGGGCCCUGACGAAACACCUCAAAACAGCAGCGGCUAAUUGCAAUUUACCAUUUCUCUUGGGAUUACCAAAAGAAAACUUCCAGCCUUAUGCUUGGGCAUUGUUCAUUGGCGCUCAGGGCUCCCUUGGUCACCCGGAGAGACCUUGGUUUGUCGAACGAUUGGCCUGUGUCUCGAUGAUAUGUGGAUGGCAGUCGUGGGAGCAAGUUUCUAGAAUUAUGACCGAUUUUUUCUUUGUUGUGGUUUUUGAUGAUUUGACUUGGCGUUCAAUCUGGGAUGAAGCGAUGACUGGGUUUGUGAUCUCUGAGUCGGAGGAAGCAGAGUUCUCAUAUCUUCUUGGAACAGAUUCAUUACCCUUUAGCUAG